AUGGCGGACAAGGAAGCCACAGUGUACAUCGUCGACCUCGGCGAGUCAAUGGCCGACUGCCAUAACGGCCGCGACGAGUCGGAUCUCGACUUCUCUAUGCGCUAUGUCUGGGACAAGAUAUCGACAACCGUCGCCGCCAGCCGCAAGACCUGGACGGUGGGGGUCGUCGGCCUCAACACCGAGGAGACCGUCAAUGCGCAGCAUAGCGAGGGCCUCGAGGGAUACGAGCACAUCUCUGUCCUUCAAGGUAUCGGCCCGAUGACCAUGAGCUCGCUGAGGGAUCUCCGGUCAAUGAUACUUUCCUCACGCACACACGGCGGCGAUGCCAUUUCUGCCAUUGUGGUCGCCCUGACCAUGAUUGAGGACUUCACGAAAAAGCUCAAGUACAACCGAAAGAUCAUCCUCGUCACAAACGGAGAGUCUCCCAUUGAUGACGAGUCGUCUGAAGAGGUUGCAAACCGGCUGAACGAGCUUAACGUUGAGUUGGUGGUGGUUGGCGUCGACUUCGACGAUCCGGACUAUGGCUACAAAGAAGAGGACAAGUCCAGGGGCAAAGCGAAUAAUGAGAAGAUCCUCCGAAAGCUGGUUGAGCAGUGCAACAGUGGCGUAUUUGGAACCAUGCAGCAGGCCGUCGAGGAGCUCGCCAUCCCCCGCAUCAAACCUGUGAGACCGUUCAAGGCGUAUGAUGGCCCGCUUACGCUCGGAGACCCGCAGAAGUACCAAAGCGCCCUCAGCAUUCAUGUUGAGCGCUACUUCAAGACCAAGCGUGCCGUGCCACCGACAGCAAGCACCGUGGUCACCAAUCCCGAGCGUGGCGGUCCAUCUCAGCCUCAGGCACCUGGCGAGGAUAUAGUAAUGGGCGGAACUGAGUUUUCCGGCGUCAAGCACAUGCGCACCUACACGGUCGACGAUCCAGAUGCCCCAGGCGGGAAGAGGGACGUUGACUUUGAGGAGCUUGCGAAGGGGUACCAAUACGGCCGGACCGUUGUGCCCUUUAGCGAGUCCGACUUUUCAGUCACUAAACUGGAGACGAAGAAGUCUUUUACUAUCAUUGGGUUCAUCCCGUUCAGCAGCUAUAGCCAAUUCAUCAACAUGGGCGAGACAGGCGUUGUCGUCGCCCAAAAGCAUAACGAAGAGGCAGAACUGGGUUUGUCGGCCCUCAUUCACGCGCUUCACGAGCUUGAGUCGUAUGCUGUGGCGAGAUAUGUGCAGAAAGACGGCACUCAACCACAGAUUCUCCUACUGAAGCCUAACCCCGCUCUCGAGGAUGACUUUGAGUGUCUCUACGAUGUGCCGCUGCCGUUCGCCGAAGACGUGCGCAGCUAUCAGUUCCCCCCGCUGGACAAGGUGUUGACCGUUACCGGCAACGUCAUCAAGGAGCAUCGGCUUUUGCCCUCGGAGGACCUAAAGCAGGCGAUGAGCGAUUUCGUCGACGCCAUGGAUCUGACCGGUUUCGACGUUGAUGAGGAGGGGAAGCCGGUGGAAUACGCGCCGAUCGAUGAACUGUACAACCCCGUCAUCCACCGUCUCAAUCAGGCCAUUCGUGCCCGUGCCGUAGAUCCAGACUCGCCGAUCGGGCCGCCUGCGGAGAUUCUACUUCGUUUCUCGAAGCCUCCCGAGAAACUGCUCGACAAGGCCAAGGCGGAAAUUGAUGCAUUGAUUGAUGCAGCAGAGGUCAAAAAGGUUCCAGCCAAAGCGCAAGGCAGGCGCGGCCGUAAGGAGCCCGUCAAGCCGCUCUCCGGCCUCGACAUCGACGCCCUGCUGGGCGAGAACAAGCGCACCACCAUUUCCUCGGACAACGCGGUGCCCGAGUUCAAGCAGAUCCUCGCCACGGCAUCGGAUGAUGCCACGAUUGAGAGUGCGGCGAAACAGAUGGGUGAGAUUAUCCGCAAGCUUAUCCGCGACAGCUUUGCGGGCUUGAACUACGCCCGGGCUGCCGAGAAUCUCCGGGUCAUGCGCGAAGAGCUUAUUGCCCUGGAGGUUCCUGGGCUAUACAAUAAGUUUUUAACAGGGCUGAAGAAGAGUAUCCUGAGCGGAGAGUUGGAUGGGGACAGGAGAGAGAUGUGGUUCAAACAUAUCAUUGGGGGGCAUCUGGGCCUUAUUUCUCGGGACGAGUCGGAAGUGUCGGAGGUGACGGCUGAGGAAGCCAGGGCGUACAAGGAAUAA